CAUGAUUACCCGGCUCGCUGGUUUCUAACAUUGACGAAUGAAUAAUAUUACGUUUACGAUACCGUUGCGCCGCCGCGAUUCUCCGAGUGAUCUCUGCCGAUUCCCGUGCGAAACGUCGGCUGCCGAUCCGAACAAACCAGGUCGAUACGCACAGACGAAAAAAUCUAUACCAAUCAACCGCCGACACGAUGUUUUUCAAUUUUGCAACGGUAAGCGUUUUUUUUUUUUUUUUUUUAUCAACAUCAUUAAUGUACGUAACUGAAUACGCGUAUUGUGUUUCAUUGUUCAGAACAAUACAACGCCGGUCUGUUUUAAAAAAAAUCUUAAAAAUUAGUCGGGUACUUAAAACUAUCUAUCAAUCGUGUACAUUUUUUCUCUUUGUCACUUUAUAUAGUAUUUAUCUUAACGAACAGUGUUUAUUUCGGGUAUUUUGUUCCGAGGGAGGGGGGAAGAAGUAUAGAAUAAACAAAAAUUCUACCCCAUUAGUUUGGCAAAAGUUAAUUUUAUUAUUAAUACAUGUAUACAUAUAAUAUAAGAACGGCUUAAAAACAUUUGUUUAAAUUAAUUUUAUUCGAUGAAUUUUCUUCAUUGUAUAUAAGUUUACGACACUAUCCAGAAAUUCGUCGGUAGGAAUUUAAAGUCCCUCAAUUAUCAUACAAUGCAUUAAGGUCUUUGAUAGCAUCCUAUUUCCGGUAUAUUCAUAACGCUGAAAGACCUGAACCGAAUUCAGCAGUCACGGCGACGAUUGAAUGGUGGGGAUUCCACUGAUCCGGCAACAUUCAAAAUGUUCGAAUGCAAAAACGAUUAAAUAUUCAGUUUACAUCAAGCAUAUAGACAGAAUUUUGUUUUCUCUGAGGGGGGGAGGGGUCCAAACAUAGAAUUUGUCACCACUAUCAACAAUUGUACUAACAAUCUGAAUUUUUAGUGAAAAGCUUAUAUUUGCGAGGGGGGCUCCAGACCCUUUGGAUACCCCCCUAGCUACGUGCUUGGUAUACAUCAUAAUCAUAAAGCGUUAUUCACAUAGCAGAAAAAAAUUAAUUAACAAAUUUUUUUCAUUGUGUAAAUUACGGUCAAACGAGCUGAUGAUACAUAAGUUUGGGCAUAGCUCCCCCGGAGACACACCUAAAAAAAACAUUGUCUAUGAGCAUAAAUAAAAUGUAAGAAAAAAAUGUUUUAAUUACUUAACGCAAAAUGGUAAAUACAAGUAUCUACAUAAAUUUGAUUUAUCUAUAGGUACCAGGUCCCUACUACCUAGUGUAUGUUUAUUACAUAUUUACAUAACAUGUUGGACCGAAAAAUUAACACAUAAUGAAUUUGAGGCGGCGUCCUAUUUACUUCUUUAUUAUCUAUAGUUACUUGUAUCUACUCAUCUCAAAAACCGCAAAAGACCAGUCCUCGAAUGCAAUAGCACAAAUCUUACUAAUUGAAAUUAAUAAUGCACAUUAGUAUUUAAUUAUCAUGUAUAGGUAACUUUAUGGUUACGACUUAUCCGUUAAUAUAGGUACACAAAUCAAAAUCAUACAUAAAUUUAUGGUACCUAAUUUUUACAGUAUAAUUUGUUUUAUAUUUAUAUUAUGUAUUAGUACAUAUUAAUGUACCUAGUAUAUUAUUAAGAUUUGAGUACCUAUUUAUCUUAUAAGUUAUAAUAUGCACAAAUUGAUGAGAUUACAUGAUUUAUAAUACCAGUAAUAAUUAAUUAUAUAUAUAUUAUCUAUAAGCAUUGAUAUUAUACAUUAUCAUCAUACAUAAGAUAUUUAUACAAUUAAACGAGAUAUUAUUGAAUGGAUAAAUAUUUGAUUGCAUAAGAAUUUUAUUAUAAACCUGGGCACCUAUUCCACAAAAUCGUGGUGAUUGCCUAUAUGAGAAAUUUUUUGGCGUGAUGAUGAGGAAAUAAUUGUUAACAGUUGUUUUUAUCUAUAAUGGUACUUGAAUGUAUACUUGAAUCUCGAAUAUUUUGAAUAAUUCUGGACUUCAGUCUUCAGUGUUUAUUCUGAUCUUCGUAUUUUUUUAAUAUUAUAGGUUUUAAAAUAAUAGGCACAACAGUCAACAAUUAAAUAUUUUAAAAAGUUAUUUCUGGUUUUAACAACCUCGGCAUGGGUUGAUAAUCUGUUUCUCAUACAAGUUUGAAUCAGAAAUGAAUAGGUACCUACUUUGCAUAGUAUUAGAUUCAAUGCCAUAAAAUGUUUGAAGUACACAACUCAUACGUUAUUGGAAGGACAAAUAAAUGUAUCGUACUUUUUAAUCGAGCUAUCCCAUAUUCUUAUUUAUAGUAUUUAACAUCUGUUAUAUUGUCGUAAGCAGGAAAACAGUGUAUGGGUCGAAUUUGUCUUGACAGCACUACCCGGUUUUUUUAAAAAAGAGAUAUUAUGACGUACACCUAUCAACACGUCUGAUUCCAACUCCAUUCCAAUAUGUACACCGAUAAAUUAUAUCUUACAUUAUCAAAAUGUAUACAAAACCUUUUUAUAUUUUUUUUUUCUUUUUCGAAAAUUUAAUAUACUUAUUAAUUAUUAUAGGAUAUAGGUUACAUAAGUGUUUUCAUAACACUGGACCGAAAUCGCAUAAAUAAUAAUUUAUGACUCGAAAAUGUCCGAUAAUCAUCUCGGCGUUGCAAACAGUAAAUUAAAAUACGUUUUGUUAUUUGAUAUUGUUUUAUAGUUUUUAUUACGAAUUUUCAAUUAGUAAUAAUUGUUCUCUCAUUAAUUAUAGAUAGUUGUGAUGUAAUUGGAUUUAGAGGAUUCAUUACAACACGGUAACGGGGACUCAAAAAGGGGAAGUAGUGUUAUGUAGUAUAUAUAUCAUGCAGUUAAUUUAUUUUUUAUUCGCGAAUAAAACUGUCAAUCGUCGAAUGAGCUUUUAGAUUUAAACUCAAAUCAAAUUAACAUUACUCUGAUAAUGGCGAAGGCUAUCGAUAUUCGGAAUGAAAUAGUAUAAUGUACCUAUGAUUGAUACAAACAACGGUAUUUAAUUAAACCGAAAUACUUACCAGUAAUGCAUACCUACACGGUGAAAUAUUGUAAAACACAGUAUUGCAACGCGAGUAACAUGCGUUACUUUUACUUGGUGAAAAAUUAUCACUACACAUUUGUAUACUUAAUUAUAGAUUAGAUCGAUAACGGCGAUUUUGACAAAAGUACUAAGCAAACUUUCGGUGGAGCCGGCAUUGUUUUUGUAUUUCACUACGAUGGUUUUCUCCAGCUGUCUGAGCACAAACUUACUGUUGUACAAGGCGUGCGAUUCGACCGGCGCUAUAGCCCAACACGUUGGUUCAAAGUGCGACAAUGAGGAGGAGGCGCAGCACGUGGUGGCACCGAUCAACGCCUGGAAGACGAUGAUCCAACAAAUGGUGCCCAUUGUGUUAGCCAUGAUGGCGGGCACUUGGAGCGACCUGCAUGGCCGGCGCCGGAGGCCGCUCAUAGUGUUGCCGAUCAUCGGUCAAAUAGUGGCGGACGCGCUGUCGUUGUACUGCGCGGUCGAGUGGUCCGUGUCACCGGCGAUGACGGCUAUCAUGCAAGCGGCUAUGCUGUCCUGUUCGGGUGGCCCGCCGAUGCUCUUUAACGGCGUCAACUCGUAUGUGGCCGAUACUACGUGCGAGGAAUGGCGGACGGCCAAGUUCGGCGUAAUCGGUGGCGUCAUGUCCGUGGGCUUAAUAACGGGUAUGCUUGUUUAUGGGAUAGUGGUCGCCAACGUGGGUUUUGUGGCCGCGUACAUGGUUUGCAUAGGCUUGGGCAUGGUGGCCUUGUUGAUGACGUUUUUGUUUAUCAGCGAUGUCACCGUCACCGCAAACGACGACGAACACAUAAAACAACCGACGUCGGUAGCCAAGAUACCGUUGUACCAGGAUAUCGUCCGAACAAUCAAUCCGAUAGAGGUGUUUCGAAACUGUUACCACGUGCUGGCCAGAAAACGUCAAGGUCAUGGCACCACGAUUCUGUUUCUCGUCGUACUGGUAUGUGCACCACUCACUUGCGUACCAAUGGAAGGUGAGCGGAAUUUGAUGUUGACUAUUUUUACGAUUUCAACUGUUCGAUACAUAUGCGAAUGUUACUAUAGCUAAAGUUCCGUUUAUUAUUAAAUAAUUUUAACUAUUAUAUUUUUAGGAGAAAUGUCGACCAUGUAUCUAUUUUUGAGAUAUAAAUUUCAGUGGAACGAAGUCAAUUUCAGUAUAUUUAACGCUUAUCAGAUAUUCAUCAUAUCUUUAGGUAAGAGUUUAAACAACCGAUAAACCAAUAAAGAUCUCAACGUUUAACACAGAUAGCGAUAAUGACUUAUAGAGUUAAUUCAUGUAUCAAAAAUGAACUUCUAAACAAAUUAUGUCCUAAUAAAAACUAUUUGUAUUUCUAUAGGUACUAUGUUUGCGUUAGGCAUUUUAAGUCACAAAUGUCGAAUGGACGACGCGUUGAUUGGUAUGAUUGCAUCAGUAUUUGACUUAUUAGCUGCGGUCGCUUUCCUCGUAGUUUCUCAAUCAUGGCAACUAUAUCUGGGUAAGAUUGUUGAUAAAUACUAACAAUUACGGUUCUAAAACCACAAAAUAUUAUUAUUUUCUUUAGUGUCGUCUACCAUAAUUAUUAUAGGUUUGCUUUUUUACAGAUUUUCGUGUUUCCUUAUUGUGAGUCAAUUAUUUUAAUUGUGUUUACAAUUCUUUGUUCAUGUCGUUCAGCGUUAGUUUUAUUUACUCCAUCUUUACAUGCUUUCGUCAUCUAACUUGCAUCUUUACAUCUCUUUCAAAAUCACUUUACAAUAAAUUUCCUUGUCACAGAAUAUCAUUCUAUCAUCUUGUCUCUUCUAAACGUUUAAUGUGAUUUCAUAAUUGCCGGUUUUUAUUGAACUUUCUUAGUACAUCAUGAUUUGUAAUUUCUCCAAUAAUAUUCAAAUAAUUGUUCGAUGUACAUUAAUUAUGUAUGCGAUUGGUUUUAUAUUCGUAUUCAUGUAUUUAAUUUCAAAACUUCUAAAUAUUGAUAUGUAAUUUACCUGAAUAAUUUAUCAUAAAUAUAAUUUAACAAAACUUUACAGUGCCACCUCUAGAACUAUUUCGUGGUGCUGCAUUAAUGUUAACCAAUUCCUUAGCUUCAAAAAGUGUUAAUCCAACCGAAUUAGGUAAUUGUUGAACAAAAUUAUUAAACAUCUAUUUAAUAAUAAUACUACUUUGUGUAUCUUGUAUACAGGUGCAAUGAAUUCUGUAAAACUAUUAACAGAAAGUACAAUGAAAAGUGGAUUUUUACCAUUAUAUAAUAUUAUAUAUAAUCAUACAUUUGAAUCGAUUCCCAGUGCAUUUUUCAUGAUUAGUAUCAUCCUGACAGCUCCGCUGGUGUUCAUUUUUUGGUAAGUAUAGUACUAUAUUUAUUUUUACUUUUCGGUUAGGUAAUUAUGGGCAACAUUAGCAUUUAAUAUUUUGUAAUUCGUGUCAUACAUUAUUCGUGUUUAGUGUACACUAUUUGUUUUACACGUUUGUUUGUUACUGCUAUACUUAUCAAUAGGGGCGAUCGUUGUUUCCACCAAAACUUUUAUUAUCGCUGUCACCAAGUCUAUUUCUUCUUAGUAUGUUAUUGAGAUGGACUUUAAAAACCCCUAGCCUAUAUACAGUGCUAUCGAUCAUCAAUGUAUGUCAGGUAUAAACCAUUUGAUAUUGAAGCUAUAAAUAUAUAUUGUAACAUAAACUUAAUUAUAAUCAACUUAAUUUAAUUUUAAUUUUUAAACUUCAAUCCGAAAAUUAGGUCAAACUUUUUUUGGGGGGUCAAUUAGAACCUUCUUCUCGUAGUUAUCCCUGGAUAACUCUAAAUAAUUCUCAAAUUAUAAUUUAAGUAGAUAGAUAAAUAGAAUAUAAUUAAUUAUUAUGAAACCUGCGCCAUCAUCGCGAAAUUUUUACAAAAAAUAAUUGAUAAUAUUGUUGGUGUUGCACAAUAUUAUAGCCAUGAUAUAAUUUUAUGAGUUGAACACGAUUGCGUACGUUUGUCCUUUUUGACAACACGAUUGCGUACAUUUUUUUAUGUAUUAAAGAAUACUUAAAAAAUCAAUUCGAUUGCGUACGAAUUCGUAUGCAUUGUUAUCAAAUUUAUAUAUUAUGUACUCUAUAGUUAUCCAGUAAAAUAAUUUUAUCUGGACUACAAAAAAUAUGACUACUAAUAAAAUAAUAAAUAAAUAAAUAAAAUCAUAGUUCAAAAAAUGAAUUAUUUUAUAUAUGGUAUAAGCCGGUAUGAAAAUUAGCAAUAACGCUUAAAAUUUCGUACGCAAUCAGUAUCUAAAAAUCAAAUAACGUACGCAAUCGUGUAGCUUAACAUAGUAUCAACGAUAACGAACGUACGCAAUGGUGUUUUACUCAAUUUUAUAACAAAAUAUUUAACUAGGUAUCUAAAAAUAAACCAUAUUUGUAUGAUUAUUGACUAUCGCUGUUAAUUUGUAUUAGUCGUCCAAUUAGCCGACAACUCAUUUCAACCCUGAUAUUUCAUACAGGCAUUUGUUUUAAAGAAAAAAAUUCCAAUAGGUAUGCCGACAAAUAACACCUUUAAUUUUUAAAAUGUAUUCGAAACUUAUUAUUAAUUUUUUUUUUUUUACGAAAAUUUAAUAUACUUAUUAAUUAUUAUAGGAUAUAGAUAACAUAGGUAUUAUCAUUACACUAGAUCAAAAUAAUAUAAUACACCUAUGAUUGAUACAAACAAUGGCAUUUAAUUAAACCGAUAUACUUACCAGUAAUGCAUACCUACCCGGUGUAAUAUUGUAAAACAGUAUUAUAACGCAAGUAAUAUACUUGAUAAAAAAAAUGAUUAUCAUAUAUUAUUUGUAUACCUAGUUAUAGAUUAGAUUAGAGACGGUGAUUUCACUAAAAGUAAUAAGCAAAAUUGAUAAGUAUAUUCAGAUAAGUAGGUAGAAAUGGAUUUGGCGGAAAAGAAAACUGAACCUUUUUCGUUUUAGGGGAUACUAUAAUUAGCGGAAGCGAAAAUCAGGGUUUUUGGCAGAAACGGCUGACGCCCAUAAGCAUAGAGUAGCGAUUCCCAACCUGGAGGUAAUCACCCUCCAAAGGAUAAAACACGAAUUUUUGAGGGGUAAAGACUACCUGAUCCAACUAAUUGUUUUUUAUUUUAUGUACUUAUGUAUACAUAUUAUUGCAGAGUUAAUAAUAUUAACUCUGAAUCAGUCAUAUGUAUUACGAUUGUAAUAGUUUUUUUAAAACUUUUUUCUUGGGGGGGGAAGAGAAUUUGUUUAAUAUCCAACCUGAUUUAUAGGUAAUAGUCUCAAAUAGGUAGAAAACCGCUGGUAUAAAGUAAAGUAUAGAUCUACUAAGUAGAUUACCGUAACUGUUUAGUUGGUAUCCGAUAGUGUGGUAACUUGCAUUAGAUCAUAUACGACAUGAAUACCGAUAUUCCCACUAUACAUUUAUCAAAAAGAGCUUAAUAUAUGAAUAACUUUUGUCUUACUUUAUUUAAUAGGUUGAUAUACUAUUUAAAUCAAGACUUAAAAUCAAAUUCUAUCAAUGACGGUGAAAAUAGCAAACACAACAAUGAUAUUUCCACAAUCAAAGACUUUAAUUUAAUAAAUUGCCAUAUUUAAUAAAUAUAAUAAUGUUCAUUGUUCAUAAUAUAUUAUUGAUAAUGUUUUGUAAUACAUGCGAAAUGGCGAAAACUAUAAAAUAAUGCUCAAAAUACUCAAAUGCUC